AUGAUCGAGAGUGUCUCAAGACGUGCUUUUAGCAGUUCAAGUGGUACGUACAACGUGCGCGCUUCAGAACUGGCGCGGGAACGAAAGCUCAACAUUAUCAAUGUCACUGUGCAGUUCUUGGAUGAAACCCAACAAUCUUUUCAAAUUGAGAAAAAAGCAAAAGGCAUAGUUUUGUUGGAACAAGUGUGUCGUCAUCUCGAGUUGGUAGAAAAGGAUUACUUCGGACUACAGUUCACUGAAAAUGGUUCACCACCUAGUGCUACCAAUACUGAAAUAACACGUUGGCUGGACAGCACAAAGUCAGUUAAAAAACAAGUUGGGGCAAAUGCACAAUUUUGGCUCGCAGUCCGGUUCUAUCCGCCUGAACCCUCUCGCUUAUCUGAGGAGUAUACAAGAUAUUUAUUGUGCCUGCAACUGAGGAAACUACUUCUUGAUGGGAGGAUGGCUGCCCCGAAGAACACAGCACUUUUGUUAGCAUCGUUUACUGUUCAAGCGGAACUAGGAGAUUACAACGUGUCGGAACAUCCACCGAAUUACCUGUCAGAUCUCUGCUUAUUACCGAAGCAGAGUGCAGAAGAUGAACGUCGUAUCAGAGAGUUACACAAACUUCACAAAGGUCAGGCCCCUGCGGACGCUGAGGCGAACUUCUUAGAGCACGCGAAACGUUUGGACUGUUAUGGCGUCGAGUCUCACCCGGCUAAGGAUUACAACGGCAAAGACAUAUUUAUUGGUGUUACGUCAAUUGGUAUUGUCGUUUUCCAAAACAAUAUUCGAGUGAAUACUUUCUCUUGGGGUAAAAUCGUUAAGAUUUCAUUCAAGAAGAAACAGUUCUUUAUUCAGUUAAAGAGGGAGCCUUCAGAAAGCUACGACACAGUUCUAGGCUUCAACAUGCGUUCAGGUCGCGCGGCGAAAGCUCUUUGGCGCUGUAGUGUCGAACGUCACGGGUUCUUUAGAUUAAGGGCACCCAGGCGACGUGCGCUACUGUCGGCGUUGGGUGCUUUAGCGGGACUAGCCGCACCCACCGUACCUCGAACUGAGACUAUGGCCCUAGAAGACGCGAGGAGAUCGAGGUCCUCGAAUCGUAGCUUCGUGAGACGCAGCGCGUCGCUGGUGCGCGAGCGCUCGGCGGGCGCGUCGCCGGCGGGCGGGGCCAUGCGCGGCGCGCGCGUCACGGCCAACAGCGAGCCGCCGCCGCGCGCCGCCUGGACCGACUCCGCCGAGACCAUGGACACGCACUCGCACAUACCUGAAGGCGGUGACCUUCUUGAACGCAUUCUGCGCAUCCCUCUCUCCUAUGUUGAUGAGUCUGAAUCCGCAUCUGAGGCUGAAUCGAUGCCCGGGUCAGUCGGUGUGCGGGUGCGACUGGCGCCCGGCUCCGACGGGUUAUUCGGGUUCAAUGUGCGCGGGGGCGGCGGGGCUCCCGUCCUGGUGUCCAGGGUCGCCAGCAGGACCAAACUGCAUCUACAGGAGGGAGACCAGGUGAUGUCAAUAAACGGCACAGAUGUCGACGAAUUGUCGCACGAACAGAUCGUACACAUGAUCAGGAACACGAGAGGUGUGCUGACGUUGAUAGUGAAACCUAACGCGGUGUACGAGGCCGCGGACGGCCCCGAGGAGCCCACGGCGAUGUUCGUGCCGAUCGACGUGGAGCGCAUCGCGGGCGACGCGCUGGAGCAGUCCAUGCUGCUGCUGGGCGACGGGCUGGCGGACGGCGCGGCGCUGCGCCAGUACGACGCGCUGCUGCGGCGCCUGCCCGACGAGCCCGCCGCCGCCGCGCGCCUGCCGCACAACGCGCCCAAGAACCGCUACAGAGACAUCGCGCCGUAUGACUCAACGCGUGUGGUGUUGAAAAACGGCCCAACCGGCGACUACAUCAAUGCUUCGUAUAUCAAUAUGGAAAUACCGACCGGAGCGGCUAACCCUGACACCGUACUCACCUAUAUUGCAACACAAGGUCCCCUAGCGUCGACUGUAGGUGACUUCUGGCAAAUGGUGUGGGAAUCGGAGAGCAGUUUGAUAGUGAUGCUCACCGUUCUGACCGAGCGGGGCCGCGCUAAGUGUCAUCAGUACUGGGCUAAAGUCGGUACCACGCCUUUGAAAGCCACCAGUACACUCACCAUAUACACAAAUAGUGAGCAGAAUUAUGGACAUUAUAUAAGGAGAGAAAUGACUAUCAAGGAGGCGGGCGGCGCGAGCCGCGCGGUGACGCAGCUGCAGUACACGGCGUGGCCGGACCACGGCGUGCCCGACGACGCCACCGCCUUCAUCAACUUCACGCAGCUCUGCGCCAGCCUCAGGAACCGCUCGCCAUUGAUCCCGACGGUGGUGGAGGAGGAGGAGGAGGAGGAGGGCUCGACACAGGAGAGUUCGCUGGCGCCGCCCAUGGUGGUGCACUGCUCGGCGGGCGUGGGGCGCACGGGCGCGCUGGUGCUGUGCGAGGUGGCGCUCGCCUCGCUGGCGCGCGCGCAGCCGCUCUACCCGCUCGACCUGGUGCGGGCCAUGCGCGCGCAGCGCCCCAUGUGCAUACAGAACGCCAGCCAAUACAAAUUCGUUUGCGAAAGUAUACAAAUGGCGUACUCGCAAGGGCUGACGAAAAUAUCAUCAGAAAGCGGAUCGAAUUGA